UUGCGGGACGCUGAGUGCCAGGGAUCCCGGAGGAGGAGCCGCCGCCGUCCGCGCCGCGCCUCAGCCGCCAGCGCGGGGUCGCCGUCGGGGGAGCCGCCAGCACACGGGCCUCGGCUCAGCAUGAUGGACCUGGAGCUGCCGCCGCCGGGACUGCAGUCCCAGCAGGACAUGGAUUUGAUUGACAUACUUUGGAGGCAAGAUAUAGAUCUUGGGGUAAGUAGAGAAGUGUUUGACUUCAGUCAGCGACAGAAGGAGUAUGAGCUGGAAAAACAGAAAAAACUUGAAAAGGAAAGACAAGAACAACUCCAAAAGGAACAAGAGAAAGCCUUUUUUGCUCAGUUACAACUAGAUGAAGAAACAGGUGAAUUCCUCCCAGUUCAGUCUACCCAGCACAUCCAGUCAGAAACCAGUGGAUCUGCCAACUACUCCCAGGUUGCCCACAUUCCCAAACCAGAUGCUUUGUACUUCGAUGACUGCAUGCAGCUUAUGGCAGAGACAUUCCCAUUUGUAGAUGAUGAUGAGGUUUCUUCAGCUACGUUUCAUCAGUCACUCGUUUUGGAUAUUCCCAGUCACAUGGAGAGCCCAGGCUUUGCAGCUUCUAAUCAGGCUCAGUCACUUGAAACACCGUUUGAAGUAGCCAUGACUGAUUUAAACACCAUACAGCAGGACUUUGAGCAAGUUUGGGAAGAGCUACUUUCCAUUCCAGAACUGCAGUGUCUUAAUAUUGAAAAUGAAAAGCUGGUUGUGACUACUAGUGAGGUUCCAAGCCCAGAAGGCAAACCAACAGAAAUUGACAACAAUUACCAUUUGUACUCUUCAAUCCCGUCACUGGAAAAGGAAGUAGGAAACUGCAGUCCACAUUUUAUUAAUGAUUUUGAGGAUUCAUUCAGCAGCAUCCUCUCUACAGAAGAUCCCAGCCAGCUGACAGUGAACUCGAUAAACCCAAAUGCCACAUUAAACACAGAUUUGGGUGAUGACUGCUAUUCUGUUUUUAUAGGAGAACCCACUGUCCACAACAGCUUGCCCUCUUCUGUUACUACAAGCCAAUCAUUCUCUGAAUUCCUCAGUGGGUUCAUUGAUGAGACUGAUCUAUCAUUCUGUAAAGCUUUCAACCAAAAGCAUUCUGAAAGCACAACAGAAUUCAAUGAUUCUGACUCGGGCAUUUCACUUAACACAAGUUUCAGCAUAGCAUCCCCGGAACACUCAGUAGAAUCUUCCAUCUAUGGAGACCCACCACCAGGCUUCAGUGAUUCUGAAAUGGAAGAGCCAGAUAGUGCUCCUGGAAGUGUCAAACAAAAUAGUACUAAAACACAGCCAGUAGUGCAUUCUGAGAAUACAGUGGAACCUUCGUCACCAACUCGAGGGCACAGUGCUCCUAUGCAUGAUGUCCAGUGUGAAAACACACCAAAGAAAGAAUUGCCUGUAAGUCCUGGUCAUCGAAAAGCCCCAUUCACAAAAGACAAACAUUCAAGCCGUUUAGAGGCUCAUCUCACAAGAGAUGAGCUUAGAGCAAAGGCUCUUCAUAUCCCAUUCCCUGUAGAAAAAAUCAUUAAUCUGCCUGUUGAUGACUUUAAUGAAAUGAUGUCCAAAGAACAAUUCAAUGAAGCUCAACUUGCCUUAAUUCGAGAUAUACGUAGGAGGGGUAAGAAUAAAGUGGCUGCUCAGAAUUGCAGAAAAAGAAAACUGGAAAAUAUAGUAGAACUGGAGCAAGACUUAGGUCAUUUAAAAGAUGAAAAAGAAAAAUUACUCAAAGAAAAAGGAGAAAAUGACAAAAGCCUCCACCUACUGAAAAAACAACUCAGCACCUUGUAUCUUGAGGUCUUCAGCAUGUUACGUGAUGAAGAUGGAAAACCUUACUCUCCAAGUGAAUAUUCCCUGCAGCAAACACGAGAUGGCAAUGUAUUCCUUGUUCCCAAAAGUAAGAAGCCAGAUGUUAAGAAAAAUUAGGUUUGGAUUUGACCUUUUCUGAGCUCAUGAAUUUUGUGGGGUUUUUUGUAUUGUUUACACUAAAACCUCCUGUGAUGUGAAAUACAGAAACAUACUUUACAAAGUAAUUCUAUGCAAAAUAGCCGAAACUAGUGUAGAAAAUAUGAAACUUUAAAAAACAUUAAAGUAUCAGUAUGUUGAAUCAGUAGUUUCAUUUUAACAGUGAAGUUAAUUUCUUAAGACACAGUUUGAGCUAGUUUUUGUGUAAGUGUAAAUACUACAGGACUUAUUUAUACUGUUCUUAAUCUCAUUUGUUACAUUCAUAGAUUUAUAUGAUAGGACAGGACCUCCAGCUAAAAGCAAAUCAUUGCAAAACUAACCAUAGUUUUUUAAAAUAAAUAUGAAAAAUGGCAUUUUUAUAUUAAAUUGUUUAAUGCAGGCAAAAAAACAACUUAAAGCGCUGGCACUAAUAAAGGAGUAUUAUGAUUGUUA